AUGUUCAGUGGCUCCUCGAGCCCACCCAAAGAUAAAAUCGACACCAUCCCCCAGGCCACUGCCAUCGACACACCGUCCGCCCCCGCUCGCACCGACGAACCCGCCCCCGUCCAGAAGAAGUUUUCGCCCCCGGGUGGUUUCUUUGGCCGUCGGACCAGCGAGGAACAGAGCAACCCCGUUGGCGAGAAGAAGCGCCGGAGCAGCACCGUCACCAAGGCCGCCACCUUCUUUAGCAACGCCAAAAAUUCCCUGAGCCUCAACGGGUCCCGAGACAACUCGUCGGGCUCCGGUCCGAUCCGCGAGCUCACCGCGCUGCAGAAACUCGGGACCAUGGACCCGGCCCUGACCGUCCCCCAGGGUUCCUUGAACAACUCCGCCGGCGAGUCGGUCCCCACCCCGCGCUCCUCGUUCAAGGUCGGUGUCACCGAGGACCAGAACCGAAAAUGUCGUCGCACCAUGGAGGACACCCACGCCUACCUGUACAACUUCCUUGGCACACCCGCGCCCGCGCCUGGGCCGUCCAACGACGCUGCUGCUGCUACCACCACCACCACCACCGAUAGUAACCGUCCUGCCGGGGAACCCGCGUCGCCCCGGACGGAGGAGCCGCCCCCCGGCGCCGUGGAGACGGACAACGGGUACUUCGCCAUCUUCGACGGGCAUGCGGGCACCUUCGCCGCCGACUGGUGUGGCAAGAAAUUGCACCUGAUCCUCGAGGAGGUCAUGCGUCGGUCCCCCAACAUGGCGGUCCCCGAGCUGCUCGACCAGGCCUUUACCAGCGUCGACCAGCAGCUGGAGAAGCUGCCCGUCAAGAACAGCGGGUGCACCGCGGUCGUCGCCCUGCUGCGGUGGGAGGACCGGGUGCCCAACGCGCACUCGGCCACCGGGUCGGCUGCCCUGGCCCCGCCGCCGCCGCUGCCUCCGCCUCCGCCGCGACAUGCCGCGGACGCCGGCGCGGCCGGGGAGACGCCGACGCAGGCCUCCGCCGGCGGGGCGGCGCUGAUCCCCAAGCUCCAGGAGAAGGCGGUCCGGCAGCGCGUGCUGUACACCGCCAACGUGGGCGACGCCCGGGUGCUCCUCUGCCGGAACGGCAAGGCCCUCCGGUUAUCGUACGACCACAAGGGCAGCGACGAGAACGAGGGGAAACGGAUCGCCAACGCCGGCGGAUUGAUCCUGAACAACCGCGUCAACGGCGUGCUGGCCGUGACCCGUGCCCUGGGGGAUGCCUACAUCAAGGAUCUCGUGACGGGGCAUCCGUACACCACGGAGACCGUGAUCCAGCCGGAAGCGGACGAAUUCAUCAUAUUGGCCUGCGACGGGCUGUGGGAUGUCUGCAGUGAUCAGGAAGCGGUCGAUCUGAUCCGACAUAUCCCCGAUGCCCAGGAGGCGUCCAAGGUGCUCGUGGAUCACGCGCUGGCCCGGUUCAGCACGGACAACCUGUCCUGCAUGGUGAUCCGCCUGAACAGCGAGCGGGUGCGGGAGGUCGUCAACGGCACGGCCGACCCGAUCGGCGUGGCGGGCGACCCGUCGAUGCCCGCGGAGCCGGGAUUGAGCGAGGCCGACAAGAUCGUGGAGAGCGCGCGGCGGAGCAUGGCCAACGCCGGGAUCACGGACGAUUCGGAGGCGGGGGAGAAGGUCAAGGAGGAGAUUCUGCAGAAGAUGUCCAACGAGGAAGCGGGGCCGGAACUGUCGGUCAACGAGCACGCUGAGGCACCGCCGUUGGCGCCGCCGCCCAAGCCGGAUGGGUCGUGA